AGACAGAGGAAACAUCUCAAAGUAAUACAAGAUUUGGAUGCAUUUCCCAAGGUGCCAGAAAGUUAUCAAAAGACCACAGCUAGUGGCGGAACAGGUUGUAAUGCUCUAAUGGAAUAUUAAACUUUACACUUCCCUGCCAAAUUAGGCAGAUCUUUGUUAUAGAUCUCUAUUUAGUCUGUUAGUUGGCUAAAAUAGUUUCGGAACUCUGAAGAUGCAAACGUUGACUCAUCAUUACCCUGACCAAAUCCAUAUCUUCUGAUCUUCAGUUUAUAAAGACCCGUUUACGUGUAACCUACUCAUUUUUGUGGAGCAAUGGUUCAUGCUCAGCCUUUGUGAUUUACUUGUGUGUUUAACUGGAAUUUAUAUCCAGUUUCACCGAGUUCCAAAAUAGCCAUGGAGCAGCUGGCAGCAUCUUGCAAUAACUUAUCAAAAAUGUACUUGAAGAUAAAAUGUGGUAUAUUACUAAUGACUAGGGAGAAAACUUUUAAAAAAUUUAGUAUAACACAUAGUAACACUUCUGGUUUAAGCAAUUAGGUUUUCUGUCUAUGCUACUGAAAUUUUCCUCAUAGCUGGGGAUAAAUUUUAUAAGGGUACCAGCUGUUUUUACACUACCAAUUUAUAAAAAAUAUGUAUACCUCACACUGUAACACCACACUGAGGACAUAGAUGCAUAAUGCACCUUGGACAAUUAGGUUUCAUAAUUUGAAUUAAUGGCUGCUGAAGACUUGACCUUGUAAAAUCAUUAUCUGAUUGUAUGAACACAUGGUGGACUAGCAUAAUAUGGAGCAUUUACCAGGAAAACUCAAAUACGGGGUGCCAUUUAAAGCUCAAACAUGAGCAACAACCAAUGAUCAAUGAAAAUGGGGUCCCAAUCAGCAUAAAUACGAGGGGUGCAUUGGGAAAUUCCCUGGUGUCACUGUGGGCCAAUCUGCCUGAAGAGCAAUUAGUUUCUAUCCUGACAUUUCUCUUCAUUGGGAUAUUGAUCAUCUCUGAGUUUCAAUAUUACCGGGCUACAGAUAUUCAAUAUAACUAUGAAGUCGAUGCUGAUGCAGACAGUAAACUACAGAUCAAUGUUGACAUUACUAUUGCUAUGCAAUGCCAAGAUAUUGGCGCUGACAUCCUGGAUUUAUCAGGAGCAACAAUUGAAGGGGAGAAUAUAAAAGAAGAAGCUACUUUCUUUGAACUCGCAGAAAAUCAAAAGGAAUGGCUAAGGAAAUUCCAAGAGAUGAAGUCAACGAAGGAAGGUUACAGAACAAUCAACGAAAUUGAACUGUUUGAAAGAAACAUUCCCACAGCGAUGCCACAGCGGGAUGAUUUGUUGCAGAAAUCUUCAAGUCAACCGGAUAGUUGUCGAUUUUUUGGUUCUUUCGCCGUGAAUAAAGUGGCGGGAAACUUUCAUGUAACUGUUGGGAAGUCCAUACCACAUCCAAGAGGUCACGCUCAUUUAAGUGCCUUUGUACCUUCCAAUGAGUAUAAUUUUACACAUCGUAUUGAUCACCUUUCUUUUGGACCUCGUGUGCCUGGAGUUAUUAGCGCUCUGGAUGGUGAUAUUCAAGUUACCCAUAACAAUCUUCACACUUAUCAUUAUUAUAUUAAGAUCGUUCCUACAAGUAUCAAAAUGCUAAGUUGGCGAAAUGAAUUAAAGACAAACCAAUACUCUGUAACACAGAGGUCUCGAAAAAUUAAUCAUGCAGGAGGAAGCCACGGUGUUUCAGGAGUGUUUUUUAAGUACGAUCUUUCAUCAAUUUUGGUUCGGGUGAGGGAAGUUCAUCGACCAUUUUGGCAGUUCUUGGUCAGACUUUGUGGAAUCGUCGGUGGAAUUUUCGCAACAUCUGGCAUGCUUCAUUCACUUGUUGGAUUUUUUGUGGAAAAGCUUUAUUGCCAGUUUAGCAAAAACAAGGACUCAAAGUCAGCUCUUGCUGAAGAUACUAAAGAAUCGCCAAUUUCCAGUCACCAUAUUGCAAAUUCCAAUGGCCUUAGUCACCAACCAGUAGUUUCGUAGCAAAUUAACUCACAUGCAUCCAUGCCCGAUGCACAGCGCUGUAUACGUUGAAAUACGCAAUCUCUUUGCUAAAGGAAAUUAAGCUUAUUCCAAAAGUCAAGCUUAUUCUAGCGUGGUUAUCGAUGUUUUUAUUAAUAUGGCAUUCAUGAUCGCUUUUUUAAUUACGAUAAAUAGAACAGUCUUCCUUGGAAUACAACUGUUUGGUUAAACCAUGUCUUUAGUUAAAAUUGUCUUUGCGUGAAACGAGACCAUAGCACGCAGGGCUCACUUUCGUGAUAAAUGUUUGAUAAAUGUCAUUUCUGCAUAGUCAUCAAAAUGUUGUUCACUCUUGCAGGAGGUUGUCCUGCAAGAUGUACACAUGCACCCGUGAGAAAAACAAACUAGACUUUCCGGAUAGAUCUGUUUCAAUAUUAUCCAUGCAUCUGUUUCAAUAUUAUUUAAAUAAUUUAAUCAAUAAAUCUUUGUGCACAACGCCGUUUUAUGACGAAAUUUUCCGUAGUUCGUCCCUUCUCGUAUUUAUACGACCAGACGGAUGAUGCGUCUCGACGAAGUACCCAUUCAAAUUCGUCUUAAUAGACGAGCUAUCCGGAUAACUUGUGUUGACGGCGCGGAUUCGUCCGUUUGCCCGUGUUUACAAGCAGACAAACUAGAGACUUGCCCAAGGCCAAGUUCGUCUAGACUGUCACGGAUGAUCCGUCUCUGGUAUAAUUGGAGCCAAUGUAUUUCACAGGGUGCAGCACAACAUUGUUCACUCUUGUUUUCAACAAUUUACAUCAACAUAAUGAUUUUUCGCGUGUAUUUUGGGUUAAUUCUGUGCGUGAUUUAGAAUGUCAUACUUAGGUAUAAGUUAUUAAAAAUGACAGAAGGUUUAAAAAUGUAAAGUCCUAUUAGAUUGCUCUUCCUCUCGUGCAGAUGUAUUCUUUUAUGCUAGGGCGGAGGAAGGGGUCGGCAGUCUGGCGAGAUCUGGUCAUUUUUAUUACUCGAUCGGAUGCACAUAAACAUCCCCACCUGAUUUAUAUAUAAUAAUUAUCACA